UGCAAACUGGCUGCAUUGGAGUGAUGAAGAUUCUGUACCCUGUCUACAUUUCUCCAUAAAUGAAGUUCUAAGUAUGGUUUGAUCCUCAAAGGAGCCUUGAGUCACAGCAGUUCCAUCACUCUGUUGCUGGCUUUUAUUUUUUUCUUUUCCACUACAGGAAAAUUCACGUCUUUGUGACUGGACAUCAUGCCUCUUCCAGAAACCAUGUUCUGUGCCCAGCAGAUCAAAAUCCCUCCGGAGCUACCCGACAUUCUGAAGCAAUUUACUAAAGCUGCUAUUAGGACUCAGCCUUAUGAUGUUUUGCAGUGGGCAGCUGCGUAUUUUUCAGCCUUGUCUAAAGGUGAACCCCUUCCUGUGAAGGAGAGGAUCGAAAUGCCUUUAGCAACAGAGAAAAAAGAUGCUGGUUUGACCCCAGGACUCCUUAAGGUCUUGCACAAACAGCUUUCUUCCAAAGGCAUGGUGACCUUUGCAGAACUGAGGGAUAAAUGGAAGCAUUUGGGCUUGCCAGAGAAGGAGCUGGAAGCUAUCCUGCAACUGGACAGUUUUGGAGAGAAGGUGGAAUGGAUGAAGUUUCUGGCACUUGGCUGCAGCAUGCUUGGUGAGUCCUUACUGAGUUCAAUGAAACAGGCCUGCGAGAUCCUAACAAGAGACCUAGAAGGCGGAGCAGCUCGCAUUCCCUUCGAAACAUUCUCAUUCCUUUAUUCAUAUUUGGCCAGUAUUGAUGGAGAGAUAUCAGAGACAGAAACUAAAGCAUUUCUCCAGGGAAUUAAAGAACAAGCGGACAAACACUCUGGCAUGGUGUUGAUCAGACACUUCCUGCCAUACUCCUUUGUAUUUUAUUGAUCAACCCUACUCUUCAGCAUGAGGUGAGAGGAAAAAAUAAAAAGGAAGGAAUAAAUAAAUUCAAUUAUUUGUGUUCAAAGUACUGUAAUUUGCACAUUUCAGAACAUGAGCCUCUUCUCUGGCAUUUCCUUUUCUUUGUCCUACUCUUGAGAUGGCUCUUCAGGAGAUGUUAAUUGAAUACAUGGUUAUGUUGUUCUCCUGCCUCUCAAAUAAUGAUGGCCACCCCUUCAUUCAUCUGCUUAUAUUGAGCAAAAAUUGUUUUGUUACUGAGCUUCCUACCUCCAUUUGAUAAAGUGAUUGUUAAGUAAAACAUGGAAUUCAGCUAAGCUGGGGCAACUGUAACUGGAGCAUUUCUCAUUAUGUUUCUGGUAGCUCUGACUUCAUUUUGACUCUGGCACAAAUAUGCUGGUCCUUGGACUACCUUGUCUGCUGGACAUCCUCUAUUUAAACAAACUUUUUGUUUUACCAAGCCCUACUGAAAGAACUUAAUGAGCUGGUAGAACUGUGGUAGAACUGGUAGACAAAACCAAUGCAAGGACUGCAAUGGUUCAAUAUUAUUUUCCUUCUAAUUAGAACCCUUUCAGAAUGCCAGUAUAUUUUUUCAUUUUUGGAUAAACUUGUGUAAAUAAAGAUGUUUUAAAAUAAAGCUUGU